AUGAAGAUAUAUGGCGUAACGGACCCGGCGACACUAGAAGCACUGGCAUGCCGCGAGGCACUUGCACUGGCAGCGGACCUGGGCCUUGCUCGCAUCAUUAUCGCUAGCGACUGCCAAGAGGUUGUGAAAGACAUCAAGAAUAGCACCGGGGGAGCCUACGCGAGCACUACCAGGGAGAUUGUGGAAACAUCAGCUACUUUUGACAGUUGCACCUUCAUCUUCGAAGGGAGAGCAACCAAUAUUGAGGUGCAGAUGAUACUGGGAGGCAAAACGCCUCGCUCGAUCCAAAACACCCGCUCCCGGGGCUUGGGUUCUUCGUGCGGCUCUGGGAGUUUCGCCUUCCCCUCGCCUGUUAGGGUUACGCCGUCGCCCCGGCCUACGCCGACUGGAUUCAACGGGGUGCGGGCGGACGCUGGAGAAGAAGGUCUCCUAGGGCCUCGCCGCCGAAUGGAUCCCGCCGCAAAGCGGGUCGCCCCAGGCAGCAAAUGGACCAGAGACCCGCAGCUCGGGGACCUCGUCCUCGCCAAGGUCAAGGGCUACCCUUACUGGCCAGCCAAGGUGUGCAGGCCGGAGGAUUGGAAGCUGCAGCCUUCUCCGCGCAAGUUCUUCGUAGUCUUCUUCGGCGCCAAAGAUAUUGCUCAUGUAGCCUUGCAAGAUCUCUUGCCAUUUACAGAAGAGGUGAAGAGUGACUUGGUAAAUCAAGCUCGAGAGAAACGAUUCCCGGUAAGACAUGCGAAGGGUCUUGAAGAAGCCUUGGCGGAGAUACUCGAGGCCUAUGAUGAACUGGCAAAAUCAUCUGAAAUUGCCAAUGGUUUGUUGCCAGAUCAAAGUCUUGAUCCCGUUGGAAAACCUACAGAGCCCCUUGUAAAAACACGUGAUGGUGGUGGGACUCCUAAACUGGAACAACUGCCAAAGUCAUCUGAAUCUGCCAAUGGUUUGUUGCCUGAUCCAACUCUUGGUCUGAUUGAAAAACCUACAGAGUCCCUUGUAAAGACACGUGACGAUGGUGGCACUCCGAAACUGGCGCAACUUCCAAAAUCAUCUGAAACCGCCAAUGUUUUGUUUCCUGAUCAAAUUCCUGAUCCGAUUGAAAAACAUACAGAGCCCCUUGUAAAGCGACCUGCUGAUGGUGGGACUCUAAAACUGGAACAAACUGAUGAUUUCCAGAAGAGGUACUCGAGCCUCAAUAGAAGAAAAAAGAGAGUUCCGUUUGCUGCCAUUGAAGAGAGGAACUUGGAGGAUCCCUAUGGCAUACCAAAAUGCAUUGCUGCGCUUGAAGGAUUGCCGGAGUUGCAAAUGGAAGAUAUACUAAAAGCAGCUGACCUCUUCAUGGAUAACAAGGGCAACAGAGAAGUCUUCCUCUCUUUUUCCAGUAGCGCAUUGCGGCUUGGCUGGUUAAGAAGAAAAAUUCACAACACCAGUGAAAUGGCUGGUUAAGAAGAAACAUUCAGUACACCUUGUGAAAUGGCCAGUUAAGAAGAAAUAUGCCCCUUGGAGAAGAUUUUUGCGUCAAUUACAAGGGUUGGUUUUGUAUGCGGUUCUAAACACACUUGUGGUACUACUAAUGCAAUGUUAAUGGUACGUAGCAAAUUAUCUAGUGCUAAGGUGUUGGGCUAACUUUUGUGUGUAUGUGCCCCUGGGCAGAUGUGCUAGUACUAGUGCAAUGUUAAGUGACACUUGAUCACAAAUCCAUUUAAUUUAAUUGAGUA